CUACACACCUUUUCCCAUGGAGUAAUUAAGGCCUGCCUCAGAGUGAGAAAGCACUCCCUGCCCAGCUGUGUAGCAGAGAGCUGGCAGCACCACCACUGCCACCAUCAAGUAUGAAGCGCCUGGGGAUUGCCUUCUUUUUCCUAGCUGUGCUCUGUGCUUGUGCUGUGGGAGAAGAUGUCCUUUCAACCAAUACUGUCACUCCAACCACUUCUGCCAAAACAACAAAACCUGCAGCACAAGAUGUGGACACAACAACUUCACAAAGAGCUCCACAAACAACUUCACAAACAACAUCGGUGCUGGCAACUGCAGCCAAAGCUACAAAUGUCUCCCUCACAACCACCCCUAGACCUUCUUCACCUAUCUACUACACUACACAAAAUACAACACAAGUUACAACAACAACCCCACCAGCAAACGUGACCACAGCAGCGACAGAGAAAAGUGACAGCCCAACAAAUACUACACAAGCAAGCGGAACGACACGAUUGGCAUUCAAUGAGACGUUGGAUUCUUCAUCUACUAAGGCAUGGUCAGUCUCCUCCACAACCUCCCUACAAAAUUCCACUUCUGUGCCUGGCACCUCAGGUCUUCCUGUGAGACUCACAACAGAAUCAACAAAUCUAGAUUCUGGCACUCCUAGAAGCAGUUCUGGAAGCAAGAAUAUGCCAAGCAAUGACAGCCACUAUUCCAGCAUUAUCUUGCCAGUUGUCAUCACCUUGAUAGUCAUUACCCUCUCUGUCUUCUCACUGGUGGCUUUGUAUAAAAUGUGCCAGAAGAAAGCUCCAGAGAGACAAGAGAACGGCACUGAACAGACCCAGUCAGAUAAAGAAGGAGUCAAACUUCUUUCUGUGAAGACAACUUCUCCUGAGACAGUUCUUGUAGCAGUGCGUGAUUUAUGUGAGGUUGGCUUCUCACUGCCCUCUGCCAACCUAUCUGAGCCCACAACUCCUCCUCCCUCAGGAGAGGUGUCACAAGGCAGGACCACAGGAGAGCACUCAUCUCAGGGGAAGAAUAAAACUCGACAAAUCUUCACAACUCAGCAAUAAAAAAAUGGGGAGCAGCUUUUUACAUCACAAUACGCAAGAGCAUCCCACCAAAGUUGGUUUCACAGGAAACGUGGAGCAGCUGAAGCUUCUUAAAUAGGCAGGACACUUGUGUUAAUGAUCAGCUGGUGACUUCUAAACCUCAAGUGUUUCCUGUCCCUUCUGGAAUGACAUGUAAUUUUUUUGAUGGCUUAAUAACUGGUAUAUCACAUGAAUUUAUUAUCUUCACAUAUAGCAAAAGCAAGAACACUUCUGAUAAGGUUGAAGAGAAUGCCAAAAAAACAACCAGGUGAUGUUAGAAUAGUGGUUACUAAGAAUGUUUUCUGCACAUACAGGGAGGAAUAUGUUAACACACUUUGGUGAACUUAUGGUAGAUAGGGUUCUUUUAAUUGUAUGUAGCAAAACACAAGCAGGGGCCUGACUCUUGAAACAGUCCUGGGCAAACUGCCACUUUGAAAACUGAUUCAGUGCCUUCCAUGAGGCUCCUCACUGUAGCACACACCUUGCUCUUCACAAAUGUUUACAGGAUGGGAUGCCUGGGUGAAAGGCUGACGUGUGUGGUUUAUUCUGUGAAAGGAGGCACAUAUCUUGCACACUGAGGCUCUUUGAAGUUCUGUAAAUUACUGAAUAUGAGCCUUGUAAUGUAGCAGGCAACAUAGUUUAUUUUCACCUGUUCCUUGGCUAAUUGCAUUAUGUGUGCUAUAAACGUCUCCUGCGUAGCCUGGGGCAAACAGCAGGGAUCAGCAGGAGAAGCAGUUUUGCAGAUGAGCAUUCUUCCCUCCAUUCCAAGCAAUGCAUGGGAAUCCUGUGGGUUGUUCUGGAAGUUUAAAGAGUGUUUCGAGUGCUAAUUAUAGACUCUCUUAAUUUAUACAGAGCUGGCAACUCAAAAAUAUCAAGUAGUGCUUCUACCUGCAUGUAUCCUACUUUUCCAGAACUGCAAAUGUUGGAAAAUUGUAUUACUGUGAGCACCUGCUCAGUCUCAGUCCACUGACCCUGGUAGCAUGCCAGAGCUGUUCUGCUGGUGAGUGGAGAGAAUGGUGGUGUGAACCAAGAGCCAGGACAAUGACCUAAGUUUUCAUACCUAUUGACACAAUGCUUUUGAGGAACCUCUUUCUCCAGUUUCCCUUUCUGAAAGGAUAAAGCUAACCUAGCAGUAUGGUGAGAGAUGGAGCAGAUUUGUGAGUAACUGUUUAUACAUGAAACUGAAGUGUUGCUCUCUUUGUGCUUGACUGUUGCUCUAAUUUCUACAUUGAUGGGUUAAAGAAUCUUCCAUCUCAGUGGCACCAAGAGAAACUUUGGAUGAAGCUCUGUAAAAGAGAGGAGCUAACAACUGUGCUCUCUAUGCUGCAGCUGAACUUACAUAGUUGAUUCUGGGUUGCUCAGGAGCAGAGGAGUCUUGGAUGCCUACUUCUGGAAAGGUCAGGACAUCUCAGAUAUACUAGUUGGCAUCAGCAGCCAUUCAGAUUCCUGAUUGCUGAAGUGUCCUAUGACAAAAAGCAAUCAAGCUGUUAAAAAAACAUAGUACUUGUAGCAUAUUGUGUCAUAGUGAAAGGAAGCUAGAAAGAAAUCAUUAAAAUCUUGCCAUAUAUAUAUAUUUGUUUAGAAAUUACCACAGUGUGUCAAGAAAAAGAAUGUUACUGCCUAUUAAAAGUUAUCCUCUUUAUUAA